AUGGGCUCCUGUUUCAGCUCGGAAGCUACGGGGGAUGCGGAGCAGAAGAAGAAAAGCCAGAUGAUCGACCGGAGGCUCGAGGAAGAUCAGCGACGGCUACGUAGGGAAUGCAAGAUCCUUUUGCUGGGAUCCGGAGAAAGUGGCAAGUCUACGAUCGUGAAACAGAUGAAGAUUAUCCACCAAAAUGGCUACACCGUGGAGGAGCUGGCUCUGUACCGGUUAACCGUGUACAAGAACCUGCUCGACUGUGCUAAAGCUCUCAUCGAUGCAUAUCACCAUUUCUCCCUUGAACCGUCCAGUCCAAAGGUCAAGGACUAUAUCGCGCUCCUGGAGGAAUACCAUGUGGACCCGGACCCCAAUACUCCGCUUGAUGGGAAAAUCGGCGACGCAGUCACUUACCUUUGGAAUGACCCAUGCACAUCAACAGUCUUGGAACGGCAAAAUGAGUUCUAUCUGAUGGAUUCCGCGCCCUAUUUCUUCGAGGAAGCCAAGCGAAUAACGGCCCCGGAUUACAUCCCCAAUGUAUCCGACGUUCUCCGAGCACGUACCAAAACUACUGGUAUAUACGAGACGCGGUUCACAAUGGGUCAAUUGAGUAUACACAUGUUCGACGUCGGCGGCCAGCGAAGCGAGCGGAAGAAAUGGAUCCAUUGCUUUGAGAACGUCACCUCGAUCAUUUUCUGUGUCGCAUUGAGUGAAUAUGAUCAGACACUGCUGGAAGAGAGCAACCAGAAUCGAAUGAUGGAGAGUUUGGUUCUCUUCGACUCCGUAGUCAACUCUCGCUGGUUCAUGCGCACAAGUAUCAUUCUCUUCCUAAACAAGGUCGAUUUGUUCCGCCAGAAGCUACCACGCUCUCCGUUGAGCAACUAUUUCCCGGAUUACUCGGGCGGCAACGACGUGAACCGCGCGGCCAAGUAUCUUCUGUGGCGAUUCAACCAGGUGAACAGAGCCCACCUGAAUCUAUAUCCUCACCUCACCCAAGCAACCGACACCACAAAUAUCCGACUUGUCUUUGCAGCGGUCAAGGAAACCAUCUUGCAAAAUGCAUUGAAAGACUCUGGUAUUCUAUGA